AUACCGAGACAUGUAGUAUUGCGCUACACACACAUUGCAUCAUGUAAUAAUGAUAUUAAAACACAUUUGGAAACCAAUAACCGGGGUUUAAUUAUAAGGUAUAGCAGUUUUUAGUGGUAAAUGCGUUUAAUAUUGAGACAUUCUGUAAUUUUAGAGGACAUUUGAUAAACAAACAGCAUUGCUGAUUGGAUGAAUCCCAAUUUCUACAAUGUUCCAAGGCCUUAAAAGCAUCUUCAACACCAUUGAUACACAAAUCUGAGGGAGCUUCACUUCAGCUUUUUACAAGUUUUUGAGAUAUACUGGCACCAUGAAGAUAACAGUGCUGAUAAUAAGCAACUUAUUCUUGAUAACUGCGGCACCAGUGGAUCAACACCAUGAGAUAGAAGCCAGAUCUGCCAGUGAAGAGGACGGACAGGGGGCAUUGCAAGCCUUGCUAACCGAGAUGAGAGACACUCUAGCAAAUGUCAACAGACCUCCAAUCACUGACCCGACCACAAAACCGACAGGUCUGCAAGAGCUUCCUCCGCAGGUCCAGACGGCAUAUGUGCUCAAUCCUCUACCGUUCGGCCCCAGCCCUCCUGCAGACCCCAAACCAGCCCCACAGGCCCCCGUCCCACAGAUUAACCUCUUUAUCUCUGGUGUUCCCCAGCAGGACAGACCGGCGGCUGCAGAAACUCCCAAACCAGUACCUCUACAGCAGUUAGUGCUUGCUAAUGCAGAGCCAGUCCCCGCCAUCCAAAACCCAGCUCAGGUCAUGGCUCUUCCUGCCCAAUAUGGUCCUGUCCUGCCCCAGAAUGCAAUGGUUAUGCCAGCUAAUAACCUUCCUCAGGCAUAUCCAAAUAUAGGGAGUCCUCUCCAGAGUUCUGCAUUGCUCGGCCCGCAGGUCAGCCCAUAUUUUCAGCCUUUCAACUUUCAGCCCUUAAAUCCUUAUCUGGGUCAUCACGGUUUUGGUUCGUACCCUUUUUAUCCUCCACCGAUGUAUCAUCAUCAUCAUCACAAUCCCUACUUCCCAAAUUACGGCAUGCCUAAUGUGGCCAUUUCACCUCCUAUUAUAUUUCGGGAGCGUGGGCAGACUGCUACCUCACAGGGGUAGUUUUUUUUAAACCUCGUUUCAAACACUCUGAAAAUAUUAAAGGUGCUUUAUUAGCGUUGACGCUUCAGUGGAGAUUAGGCAUGGGCCGAUAUAAGAUUCUGACGGUAUGAUAACCUUGGAUAAAAAUAUCACGUUUUCACGGUAUUGUGCUCACCGCUCUAAAAUAUCUUCUUUUUAAAUGUCUGGGUAAAAAACAACAACCUUUUGCCUUUAAACACAAUAUAUUUUAUUUUUAGAGACAUUUAUAAUAUUUUUGAGCAGUAAAUAUGCCAGGCUGAAUACUUCAAAUGAAUCAUUGACUUCUGCUGUCUUCAUUAGUUUCAAAAACACAGAUUUCUUUACAAUUUAAUCUUUGGAUACUGCAGCAGAUACUGUUGUCCUAAAAAAGUCCUAAAGAAAUCUUACACAUACCUUAGGAACGCUAUAGAAGAAAAUCUUUAAAACCUUGACUUUUCCAAACUGCAGUAUACCUUGAAAACAGUUAUCGACCCAUGCCUACUGGAGAUUAUGGUCUGUUCCAAAAAUAAAUAAAUAAAUAAAUAAAAGAUCCUCAUUUUUAAAUAUUUUUAAAAAUAAGAAGAUAGACAAACAAUCAAAUAAAUAAAACUGCUUUUAAAUACUCUCUUUUUUUGUUGUUGUUUUUAGAUUUUUUUGCAUUGAUGCUUCAGUGAUUAUGUUCUGUUCCUGUCCAAAAAUGAUUCUUAUUUUUAAAUAUAUAUAAAAAAUAAGAUAAAUAAAUAAAUAAAAUUGCAUUUUAAAUAUUUUCUAUUUUGUUAUUUCUAGAUUUUUAACAUUGAUGCUUCGGUAAAGAUCCUGUUCUGUUCCAAAUCAAAAAAAUAUUAUUUUUAAAUAUUUUUUGAAAAUAAGAUUUUUAUGAUAUUUGACAAUUAGAUUGUUCUGUUCCCCCAAAAAAGAUUUUUAUUUUUAAAUAUAAAAAAUAAGAUAAAUAAAUAAAUUGCAUCUUAAUUAUUUUUAUUUUAAAAUAUUUUUUAAAAAUAAGAUUUUUAUGAUAUUUUAAAAUUUCUAUAAUAUAUUUUAACAGGUUUUUAAAAAAAUAUAUUUAAAAAAUAUUAUUUAAAAAAAAUGAACAAAUAAGCAAACAAAUAAAUAAAUAAAUACCCUUUUAUUGUUAUUUUAUAAUGUCGUAAAUAGUUAUUUUUUUGAACCCUGAAGGGCUUUACUGAUCAAAUAAUACUGAUCAGAAAAUCAGAUCAGUCCCUAAGUGUUAUUACAAGACUUUUAUGACUAAAUAAAAAAUAAAACAAAACUAAGUAAAUAAACUAAAUAAAUAAGAAAAUAAGCAAAUAAAAAACAUAAAUUGUAAUCAAUUUCAAAAGAAGUUUACCAUAUACAGUUGAAGUGAACCCCCUGAACUAUUAGCCCCUCUGUUUAUUUUUCCCCAAUUUCUGUUUAACAAAGAGCAGAUUUUUUUUUCAACACAUUUCUAAACUUAAUAGUUUUAAUAACUCAUCUCGAAUAACUGAUUUAUUUCAUCUUUGCCAUGAUGACAGUAAAUAAUAUUUGACUAGAUAUUUUUAUACAGCUUAAAAUGACAUUUAAAGGCUUAACUAGGUUAAUUUGGUUAACUAGGCAGAUUAGGGUAAUUAGGCAAGUUAUUGUAUAACAAUGGUUUGUUCUGUGUAGACUAUAGGAAAAAAAAUUGGUUAAAGGGGCUAAUAAUUUUGACCUCAAAAUGGCUUUUAAAAAAUUCAAAACUGCUUUUAUUCUAGCCGAAAUAAAACAAAUAAGACUUUCUCCAGAAGAAAACAUAAUAUCAGACUGAAAUUUCCUUUCUCUGUUAAACAUCAUUUAUGAAAUAUUUAAAAAGAAAAAAAAAUCAAAAGAGGGCUAAUGAUUCUGACUUCAACUGUAUGUCUCAUCAGCCAAUAAAGGAUUAAGAACUGUUCACUGAAAGGUUCAUCACUUGCAUCACUGUAAAAAUCUAUUUUAAGAGUAUGAGAAUGAGAAAUUUAUUAUAUGGGAAGUUUCAAACAAAAAGAUGGGACUUUUGUUUUUUGUCUUAAUGUGUGAUCUGAUCUAUAUUCUGCUUAGUUCAAAUUAAAAUGUUCUUCGCAGUAUAAAAAAUGUUUAUUUGAGGUUUGUCUGGUUUAUUUAGGGGUGCAAAUACAAUGGAUUCACUGUGAAAACCCCAGUUUUGGUUCUUCCCUAACACCUUUAUGGUCGUCUAUUAGCAUUUAUGCUGGUAUUAUUUUGUAUCCUUUAAUUUAGUUCAAUUUAACUUUUAAAGCUAUGUCAUUUUCUGUUUCAUUUUCUUCCUUUUGUAUGAAAUGUGCUGCAGUAUAUUUCAGCCUUGCCUCUUCAUGUAAUGUUUGCUAAUACAAAACUCAAUAAAAAUGAAAUUAAAUGAAUUUAAAA